GAGCUGCUGCUGCUAUCAAAUGAGCUGGACCUUGAAUCCCACCUUCAGCCGGCCAUGCUUCACCAGAAGUCGACAAGUGGAGCCGAGGCGCCUCUUCUGGCUCUCGCUUACCAACCCAGCUGGGGGCCUGAGAAUCCAUUGCCCCUUCAAAGCAGACAAAAUGCUCAGUCACGGCGAGAAGUUGACACUUUCCUUGGAAAGCAGAUGCCAGCUGGCGCCCCAUCACGAAGCUUCCCAUUGCAGACUGCGCUGGAGAGCCGCCCCUGGGGAUCCACGAGUUCUUUUGCCGUCUUUAGUGACCUGUCUUUACAGGGUUUAGGAUCCCCUUCCAGCGCAGCAGUAAAUAGCUUUAGGCAGUUAGGCAGCCUCGGGUCUGUAGCCGGCCCUGUACACAUUGUUAGUCAGCGGUCCCGCUCUUCUCGGUUAGCUAACCCCGUUUUCCUGGAACACCCGCGGGCCCUCGGCAGGAAGGGCCGACAAAGGAAGGUGGCUGUAGCCUCACUGCCGGCGGCUAACCAGGCUCUUAACCAGGGGGUUAGCCAGGCGCUUAGCGAGGGGGGCCUGAACCAGUUUGCUGAGCUGGCGGUAGGGGCAGCCAAAAAGGCGUUCAAUGUCGGAGUGCUCGGGGCUACGGCGGGGGCGUCGCUGAAGCUCUUCACAGUAUGCGCGCUGGUCGUCUGGAUGCAGAAGUCGGGCCGGCUGCCAGAGUCGACACCCGCUGUCUUGAGCCAGGUUGCUUUCCGGCUCCUCAUUCCGUGUUUUUUGAUGUCAAAGGUGGCAGUCACCCUGUACAGCGACUUCAGCCCCGCAUUGCUCGCUGUUCCGGUCGCCGCCAUUGUCCAGAUCCUGCUCGGGGCAGGCAUGGGCAGACUCGCGGCGCACUUCGCAUACCGAGAACCCCCCCUCGUGCCCGCACACUUCGAGGCCCACCAACCGACUAGGGCCUCGUCGCUAGUGGCAGCUAGUGUUGCAAUCGCGACCGGUCAGCCGGACGUUGCCGUUGCCUUGACGGCACCCAAAGGCGUCGGGGCUGCCAAGCUGGGCGCCAGCAAGGAGGCGCUUAUGACGGCGACAAGUGCGUUUGGCAACUCCCUCACGCUUCCCCUGGUGUUCCUAUCGGCGCUGCUCGACAGGGCCGGUGCGGACAAAGCGGCGGGGUACCUGGCUCUCUACAUGGUUGGGUGGUCGCCCGCGCUCUGGACGUUCGGCUACAAGAUCAUCGCGGGCAGCUCCGACGAUCCGGAAAACGGCGACGAGAGCGAUUACGAGGGGGAGGGUCGGUGGCAGGCCUUUCUCACCUGGCUGGGCCGGGUUAUGAACCCCCCCCUAUACGGAGUGUUUCUGGGGCUAAUCAUUGGAGCCACCCCCCUGGCGCAUUUGUUCCUGCCCCCCGCGACGGCGGCCGCGGAAAACUUAGCGAAUGCCACGAGCAUCACUCCGCUGACGGUGCUGGCGACGCUGACGAGCGGAGUCUUCCGGCCGGUGAUGGAGGCCGCCUCCCUCCUUGGUACCGCCACCCUCGCGGUACAGACCGUGGUUCUCGCCUCUUCCUUAGCCGCCUCCAUACCCUCCCGCCUGCACAGCUUCAGCGGCGGAGCGCAACCCUUCGUUGCUACCCCCGGCGCUAACCCAAAUCCCUUAACCGACGCACUCCGCGAAGGGGAGGGCCCCGUAGACUCCGUGGUUAGCGAAUCCAGCAGUCUAAAGCCACGGAGGAGAAAAACGGGGAGGCUGAAACCGGGCCCCGAUCCGGCGAACGUGUUGGACGGGCGGGCGGUGUGGGUGGUUUCGGGCGUGCGGUUACUGCUGCUGCCGCUGGUUAACCUAUUUCUGACCCUGGGUUUGAUGCGCGCGCACAUCCUGCCGGCCGACCCGAUUUGCGGACUAGUUCUCAUGGCUGAAGCCGCGAUGCCCUCCGCCCAGAACCUCGUGUUGCUCGCCCAGUUGAAGGCGAAAACUCGGCCGCUUGCCGGAAUGGUAGCAGGGCUCUUGCUGAGACAGUACGCUCUAUCCAUUCUUCCCAUCACAUUCUGGAUGGCCAUUUUCCUGUCCGUGUUGGGACUAGCGACACUGCAGCCCGAAGGCAGUCCCCCUGGUAGGCUGCUCAAGGCUGCAUCCGAGUCCCUGCACUGGCAGCCUGAGCCUCUGCAAGCGGUUUGUUCCCAGCGGGCAAACAACAGAAUGAGGGGUAAGCACCCAGCAAUCUUGAACAAAGUCAAAUUGAACCUGGGUCCAGCGAACUGUACUGCAACAAGCCUUCAGACGGCGCCAAGGCUGCGACGACGCGCGAGCAGAGACUGGAGCAGGAAAAACGGCAAAGCCUCUGUGUAGACCGCUGUUAAGCCUGGGAAUGCAGAGCGCUGACUUAACAGGAGAGCAGGCUUGAACUGGUGGACAACAACCUGAACGCAAUGCUUUUGUUCACAAUUGCGUUUGGAGGCCAUUCAAUAGAACCCAUAUCUAAUUUCAAACAUCCAGUUAAACCCACAGCUAACAACUGACAGACGGCAAGAAAGGAACUGUGAAAUGCAGGAAGAAGCAGCUCGCCUGCUCAGAGCACAACUCUAAGUCAGUCAGCGAACAAGAAUGUUGGCUCAAUCAGUCGCCUCGCUGAGUUCCAAAAGUGAAAGGCUCCUGCUGCGACUGACCUCUUCUAGGACAUGAAUGCGGCACACGCUUUGUAGCCCGAGGUGCUAUCGGAAGUGAUCAAAAACGUUUGUUUAAAAUGGUACUUAAAUGUAUACCCCCACCCCACAAGUACUUGACCUUAAGGCACAUCAAAAAAUAGGAACUGAUCAGAGCACAAAAGGCUGGCCCCCAGUGUUCGGCUAGAUAACCGGAGGGUCAGCGUGCCUCCUUGCUGUCCCACAACUGGGAGCUCAUGAUCGGGAGGGAACCCUUCUCGGACGUGUGUGCGCUUUGCACAAUGCUUUGCUAGCUAGGGGGUACGAUCUAAAAUAAUCCCAGUUUUUGUUCAACAUCCACCGUUCUGCGUGCAUCCUUUACUUUAACUUCCCUCUGAGCAUAAUACCUGUAAGCAUAUGAUAAGACUUGAAAGCACAUAAGAUAAAAAUUGUGCAGAGACAACUCUGAAGCAACCAGUGAACGAAAAGCUGGCCCCAAAUGUU